AUGGACCCCAACACCGCCAAGCUCACUGUCAGCAUCAGUAUCGCCAAGGCGUGCGCGAUCACAUGGAUGGACGACCCUCGCUACUGGCACAUGGAGACGGGGAGUGCGGCGGGCGCGGUGUUCCCCGAGGUGCCGCACCUCCUGACCGUGUGCUGGCUCGAGGCGAGCGCGCACGUCGCGCUGCCGUCCCCCCUGCGCUGCGGGGUGUACGACGUGGCAUGGCGUGUCGCGCGCGACCCGACGCACGAUGAGUACGCACGGGCAGCAGGCGAGCAGCCGAGGCGCGUGGGGCUGUUGCACGCAGGCGGCGACGAGAGCGAGGAGGAGGACGAGGAGGAUGACGAUAUGGAGUUGGAGGGCGGGGAUGGUGGGGUGCAUGGCGGAGAGCAGACACCAGGUGGGUAUGCCACGCUCCAAGUAACGAAUGGCGAUGCGGUGGGUGGCGGUGGCGUUGCGGGGAACCCGUUCCACCACAUGGUGGGGCUCAUGCGCCGCCUCGUGGGGCGCACGCACGCCGUGCAGGCACGGCGCACUGAGGCUCGCGGGCCGCACAGCAGCGAGCAGCAGAACUGGGAGCAGAGGAGGGAGGCGUGGAGGCGAGUGGAGAAGCGGUGCUGGUUCAAGUGGGUGCGGCAGCCCACAUGGAGCAACGUGCGGGAGGAGGGGUGUGCUGGGGGAGGGGGAGGCGCGCAGAGGCAGCUGCGAGUUUCCGCUGCCACCAUCGCCAUGCUGCCUGACUGGACCACCCUGCCUGCGGGCCGUGUGAGCAUCAGGGGGGCAAGCGCAAGGGAGACGCAAGUGGCGCCGACGCUGAGUAUGCGGCUGUGGGAGACGGAGAGUGGGUGGUGGAAGGAUGGGCUCUACUUGGAUGCGCUGCAGCUCACAGAGACGUGA